AAAUGUCUGACAGAUCAUUAUCACCAUCUGAUUAUUAUGAAUUAAAACAUGUCAAAACCAUAAAUUAUAAGCAUGCAUCAAACAUAAAGAAAGGAAGAACUAUCUUAUAUCAAAGUACUGAUCAAUUCGAAAACGAUCUAAAUAAAUGUAAUUUAAGUUGUGAUUGCUCAGAAUGUGGACAAUUAAUUGGAUUUUCUCUAAAAUUACAUAGAGAAUUACCACUUAAAGAAACAAGGUAUUGCAAUUUAUAUGUAUUUAGAAAUUAAAGGAAAAAAAAAAUAUUGAAGAGAUUUAAAGCAGUUGGAAAUGCCAUUAUAUUUAUCUUAACAUACAAAACAGAAGCAAUUAAAAGAAUAAAAAAGAAAAUGCAUCUCUUAAGAGCAGUUCGAAAUUUAACUGUGCGUAGACCAGCUGUUGUAUAAUCAGUGCAUUUAUUACCAGUUUAAUAACCAAUUAAGCAAAUAUAAAGGUUAUUAUAAAUUGUGAAAUUUAGUCAAGAUGAAGAAUUAGAAGAAACAGUAUCUAUUCAUCCUUUUUAACCAAUCUAAAAAGGACCAAGAAAAAGCAAGAUUUCUAUUUAUAUGGAAAAAAUGUUAAAAGAUGUAAUACCAAAAAAAGAAAUAGUAUUGAAACCUUUAAGUAUUUUAAAUAAUGCUUUGAACAAAAAUAACAAAAAAAAACAUAUAAAAUGUAAUUCUCAUUAUAGUUUAACAUAAUAUAAUUCCCAAUCUUAAUUUAAGCCUUUUUGUGAAUUGAAUAGAACUCAAGCAACCAAUUUUUAUCAGAAUAAUAAUAAAGAUAUCUUAAAAUUGAUCGAUAUCAUGAAAGUAAAACAUAGAGUAAUUAGAGUAAAAAAAUGA